AUAAAAAUAAAAAUAACACAACACCUUCUUCACACACUAACUAGAAAGCGCAUAGUAAGAGACACAACUAUCGCGAUACCCCUUGCGAUACCCCUUGCGCGUCUACUUUUACAUUUAUCAUUCCAUUCAAAUGCACAUAUUACCAAUAAUUAGAUUUCGAGGGGCAAAAUACAACUCAAUUCGUACCUAACAUAACCAAAUUUUAUCACUCUCAAUAAACAUGCCGGCUCGAGCCUCUGCGAGGUCCAAGACGUCCCGGGUUUCGUCGUCAAGUAUUGAUAUUCCCGAAGAGACGCCCGAUAGCCAGUUACGAACCCAGAUAUCGGCGAUAUUCCGUGACGCGCAAAAGACCACCGCAACUCAUAGAAAAUUGGUUGUCAACCUUCGCAAGAUACACGAGGCUUGCUGUUACGAGCCGAUAGGUCCCAAUAAGAAUUCCGCAACUGAGUUUGACGAAUCCGAUUUCAAUAACGAGUUUACACGAUGCGUUCUCAGGGUUAUGCCGGUAAAGAAGAGCGAAAGUGCUGGCGAGAAGAUCAUCCGUUUUAUCGGUCUGUUUCUGCGCCACGCUAAUGACAAGGACAACGAGCUGCUGGGAGAAGAAGAUGCCGAUGCUAGUACUAUGCCCGAGACACCAAGCACUCGGCUUACUACUCAACUGAUGGAGCUUAUUCUGCCUUUGCUCACUUGCAAGGACAAAUUCGUCAGAUACAGAUCAACCCAGCUGAUCUCUUACGUUAUCAACUCCUUAGAUGCCAUCGAUGAUGAUUUAUUUCAGAAGCUGCGCUACGGUCUCCUCAAGAGGAUACGUGAUAAAGAGGCGAUGGUUCGCUCUCAAGCCGUACUUGGCCUAGGCAGGUUGGCUGGAAACGAGGUCGAGGGCAUGGUCAACUCGGAUGAUAGCAAUGAUAACGUCGAGACUGGUCUGCUUGAGAAGCUCCUCGAAGUUUUGCAGAAUGAUCCCAGCGCCGAAGUAAGGCGCUCGCUUCUCAUCAACCUACCAAUUAUGUCAAACACUCUCCCAUAUCUCCUAGAAAGGACGAGAGAUCAGGAUCCUGCUACUCGUCGAGCGGUCUACUCUAAAUUACUACCUACCCUUGGUGACUUUCGCCAUCUCUCUCUCUCGAUGCGAGAGAAACUACUCCGUUGGGGACUGCGGGAUAGAGACGAGAAUGUUCGAAAGGCCGCCGCAAGAUUGUUCCGCGAACGUUGGAUCGAGGAUUGCGUGGGUACCAAUCAGCCUGAAGAUGGCGAGCAACCAGCCGCGGCAGCUCCUCCGAACAUGGAUGCACUUUUGGAAUUGCUUGAGCGUAUAGAUGUCGUCCAUUCCGGUGUUGAAAAGGGUGUCGCAUUGGAUGCUAUGAAAGGUUUCUGGGAAGGAAGACCGGAUUAUCGAGAUGCCGUCGAGUUCGACGACGCUUUCUGGAAGAAUCUCACUCCCGAAUCUAUAUUUGUUGCACGAACCUUCAACGACUUUUGCCGAACAGAAGGAAAUGGAAAAUAUGAAUUCUUACUUGAUGAGAAACUGCCAGUAAUCUCCUACCUUGUCGAGAUCCUCAAGAGUCAUUUGAAGGAGCUCAUGGAAGCUAUGGAGAGAGCCAACAGCCAGGAAGACGCUCAAGAAGAAGAUGAAGUGGAGAAAGACAUGGUUGAGAAAAAGUUCGUUAUAGAGCAAUUGCUACAUAUCAUCCUUACUCUCGACUACUCAGACGAGACUGGUCGGCGCAAUAUGUUUACACUACUACGGCAAAUGUUAUCUAAACCGGAACUACCAGACGAGAUCACUAAGCUAACCAUCGAAGUGCUCCGAGACAUAUGCGCGCCGGACAAUGCUGGUGAGAAAGAGUUUUGUAGUGUCGUACUCGAAGCUGUUGCUGAUGUUCACGAUACUAUCGUUGACGAAUCUGUGGUUGGAGACGGCGAGGAGAGUUUCCAUUCGGCGAGGUCCGAAGUCAGCGGAGAUAGUACCCCAACGAAGAAAGGGAAACAAAACGCGGAUAAUGGUCUUAGCGAAGAAGAACAGGAGGCGAAGGAGAUCAAGGAGAUCAUGAUAAACAUGAAAUGCCUGCAUAUCGUUCAAUACAUGCUCUCUAAUGUCGAAGGAACGUUCCAGGAGAAUGACCAUCUCGUGUCGAUGCUGAACAAUUUAGUCAUACCCGCCGUUCGCAGCAACCAAGCUCCCGUCCGAGAACGUGGAUUGGUCUGCUUGGGGCUCUGCGCGCUCCUCGAUCGAGCACUUGCCGAAGACAACCUUGCCCUCUUUAUACGUUGCUACACCAAAGGUCACUUGGCACUUCAAAUUACUGCGCUACAAAUUCUAACCGACAUCUUGAACGUUCACGGAGCGCAGCUUCUGACGGCAAACCCGGAAUUAUUGAAGGUUUACAUUCGGGCCCUCCGAUCCGGUUCUAAGAACCCAGAAAUACAAGGCACAGCUACGCUCGCAGUUUCAAAAUUAUUACUCGGUCGCGUAGUCACGGAUCGCGACGUGUCGUCAGAGCUACUCAAAACGCUAAUUGUGGCCUACUUUGAUCCUUUAACCGCGGAGAACCAAAGCGUUAGGCAAGCCCUUAAUUACUUCCUACCUGUCUUUUGCUAUUCGAGAGCGGAGAACCAGGAGCUCAUGGGAUCUGUUGCGCUUGACGCACUUCACGCUCUAUAUAACGUUAGAGAGGGCCUCGAAGACCACGAGGAUAUUGAUGUUGGCGAUGAUAUGGCCAGCCUCAAUACCAUCGGUGCUUGUCUAGUUGAUUGGACGGAUCCUCGAAAGUGCUACACUCCCGGUAUUCCCAUGGAUGCAGAUAAGAAGAACGUGAGCGGAGACGUCCAUCUAGGUUUGGCUAGGGAUAUUCUCGAUAGGUUGAAUAGCAAUCUGAGCAAGGAAGAGAAAAAGGUCAUCGCAACUUUGCUAGGGAAACUGUACAUCUCCCCGACCUCUUCGGAGGAUAAGAUUCGUUCCCUGUACGAAGAUAUUUCGUCGGCAGUGGAAGAAAACCUCGUAUCAGAUGCCACGAGCAAGAACGCCCUGUACAAGAUCCACGUGAGCUUAGGCAAGAUCGUGAAUCAACUCAACGACCAAGACAAAAUGUCGAGGAGAAGCGCCAGUAGGAGCGUGUCUCUCCCGCCGGACGAGAAGCGUACAGCGGAAGAUGUCACCGUUAUACGGGAGCCGGAUAUCAAGGAAGAAGACGAAGAAGAAGAGGGCGAUGCGGAAGAAGGGGCCGACGUAUCUGGUACGGUGGCUCGGAGCGAAGCUGAUUCUCUGGUAGAAGAUCUCUUGACGGACGAAGGGACGUGAUGGUUAUGUUAUGACUUGGAUAGGUGUUAUGUCACAGCUUGAUGUGUGAAUGAAUGUCACGAUUUGAACAUGGCGUCGAUUAAAUUUAUAAGAGGUGCCUCUUGACCUGGAGCUAUAGGUUUGAAACUUGAACUGAUACCUACCUACCUACUUUACAUUACUAGAUUUGUACUCUCGUCAUUUGGCUAGUCGAGGAUGGCCCAGGGAGGUUAUACAUACCUACGUAAAGUCGGUAGAUGUCGGAAACUAUCGACUACCUACCUCACGUACAAAUGAAUAUAUAGACAUUGAAGGCGACUCGCUCCGAGGUAGGGAAGCCAGAGUAGCAGUGAACUAGGGAUGUAAACGUUGGAUCAGGAUUGCCUGAAAGUAAGGGAUAAAUGCGAG